AUGGGAGCAGAAAAUGAAACUGCAGUUACUGAGUUCAUCCUAGAGGGUUUCUCAGGGCUUGAUCAAAGACUACAGCUAUUUCUCUCUCUGCUCCUUCUGCUCAUAUACCUGACAACAGUGAUGGGGAAGGCAACCAUCAUUUUCCUCCUGGGUGUAGAUCACCGCCUGCAAACCCCCAUGUACUUUUUCAUCAGCAAUCUGGCCUUCCUGGAAAUCUGGUUCACAUCCUCCACAAGCAUCAAAUUGUUUGUGAUCCUGAGUUCUGGUAGGAGGACAAUCUCACUAAGCAGCUGCUUUGCCCAGUCCUGUUUCUAUUUUGCCCUGGGCUGUACAGAGUUGGUUCUACUUGUUGUCAUGUCCUUUGACUGCUACGUUGCCAUCUGCCAGCCUUUGCACUAUGCUGCCAUCAUGAAGCCUCAGCUCUGCAUCCACCUGGUUGUUGCUGCUUGGGUCAUAGGCAUCACAGCCUUCAGUUACUGUCUGGUCCUCCUCUACAAGCUGACUUUCUGUGGCUCAAACAAGAUCCACUCCCCCUUAUUCAAAUUGUCCUGCUCUGACCCCAGCCUGCUUUGGAAAACAGACUCUGUUUUAUUAUCGUUUAUCAUACUGGGUUCCUUAUGUUUAAUUCUGGCAUUUUACAUGGGCAUCCUUUUCUGUAUUCUGCCCCUGCCAGCAGCUGCUGGGAGGAAAAAAGCUUUUACUACAUGUUCUUCCCACCUCACCACCUUGGCCAUUGCAUAUGGGAGCUGCAUUGCUCUCUAUGUGCAUCCUUCCAGAGAUGUUUCCUUGGAGACAAACAGAACUGUAGCUUUGCUGAACACUGUCCUGUACCCACUCUUAAAUCCAUUCAUCUAUAGCCUUAGAAACAAGACUGUGAUACUGGCCCUGAACGAAACCAUUGCCUGUGCAACAGCACAGCUUUUCCCCUAA